GCGGGAGAUGGUACCUCCUAGUGGCGCCCCCGCGUGACUGCGCUUUACAUAAUCGAGGCCGCGCGCGUCAUAAGUGGCGUACUCCAGUCCAGACCGAAUCAGAGUUGUCAUAAGCUCUGUGUUCCGCCCCUUCGUGCUUGAUGGACGUCGACAUGAACCAGUGAACGGGCGACCAACGCCGCCACGCCCGCCUUGAUCCGCCCGCACUCGCGGGCCAGCCCGCCUGCCGCAGCCCGCAGCUUACUGCCGCCGCCGCCGCCAGCUUGUCUCUCAGACUGUCAGAUAAAGCGGCGGGCCGGGCCGGCUGGCCGGUGAGCACGGCCCGGGCCGGACAUGGCGGCGCUCUACGCCUGCACCAAGUGCCACCAGCGCUUCCCCUUCGAGGCGCUGUCUCAGGGGCAGCAGCUGUGCAAGGAAUGUCGGAUUGCACACCCUGUUGUGAAGUGCACCUACUGUAGAACUGAGUACCAGCAGGAGAGUAAAACCAAUACAAUAUGCAAGAAAUGUGCUCAGAAUGUGCAGUUAUAUGGAACGCCCAAACCUUGUCAGUACUGCAACAUAAUUGCAGCGUUUAUUGGCAACAAAUGCCAGCGCUGCACGAAUUCAGAGAAGAAAUAUGGACCACCAUAUUCGUGUGAACAGUGUAAGCAGCAGUGCGCAUUUGACAGGAAAGAUGACAGAAAGAAGGUAGAUGGGAAAUUGCUGUGCUGGCUUUGUACACUUUCGUACAAACGAGUCCUCCAGAAGACUAAAGAGCAGAGGAAACAUCUGAGCAGCUCUUCCCGUGCCAGCCAUCAGGAGAAGGAACAGUAUAGUCGACUGAGUGGUGGCAGCCAUUAUAACAGCCAGAAAACACUUUCUACAUCUUCAAUUCAAAAUGAAAUCCCAAAGAAAAAAUCCAAGUUUGAGUCAAUUACAACCAAUGGAGACAGCUUUUCCCCAGACCUGGCUCUGGACUCACCAGGCACUGACCACUUUGUCAUCAUUGCCCAACUGAAGGAAGAAGUGGCCACUCUGAAGAAGAUGCUGCAUCAAAAGGAUCAAAUGAUUUUAGAGAAAGAGAAGAAGAUCACAGAGUUGAAGGCUGAUUUCCAAUACCAAGAAUCUCAGAUGAGAGCCAAAAUGAACCAGAUGGAGAAAACCCACAAAGAAGUCACAGAGCAAUUGCAGGCCAAAAACCGAGAGCUCCUGAAGCAGGCAGCUGCCUUGUCCAAGAGCAAGAAGUCUGAGAAGUCAGGAGCUAUAACCUCUCCAUGAGAGAUCAUAAGGAGGCUCCCAGCCAACAGCAGCGGGAUUCCUGGGUUAGGCUUGGUGACCGGGCUAUUCUCUGGGAAUUGCAAGCUUUCUUAAGAAAUCUCUAUUUUAUUACAGUUGCCCUUCUAUGUGGGAUUGCAGUGGGCUGAAUGGAAACAUCUGGUUAGUGCUGUGUCUUGACUGCAUGCUUGGAUGUUUGGGGUUCCAAGCUCUCUGUCUCGUGCUCUUACUUCUCUUCCCCCCCACCCCCAACCCCCAGUCCUACUCUCUGUCUCUUUGUCUCUCCCUUUUGGUACUAUUCUUUGUGUGUGUGUGGUGGUCACUGCUCAGUGUUACGUGCAGAAUGAUUUUUUGUUUGUUUGUUUUGUCCAUCAUUGCAUCCUGCCAUACCCAUGAGCAAAUAGUUUGGCAUUAAUUACAUAUCACUGCCACCCUCUGAACUUUCAAAACUGCCACCUUAAGACUUGGUAAAUGGAAGAGGCUUUCUCUCUCCAAUAAACCUUUUGCUUCAGGGUAUAUUCUUGGGUUUUUUUCCAGGUAUAUUAUGUAUGAACUUUGUACUAUGUAUAGCCAGAGUUUUAUUUAUUUUUUAAAAAAAGAAACUUUUUCUUGAUAAAGGAAUAAUGGUAGCCUAGCUUGUUCUUCUUGUAAAAGUGAUGCCUCUUAAAAAAAAAAAGUUCUACUCUCUACCUUUUCGUAAAGGAAUAAGACCUUUUCUUGUUACCUUGGAGUCUUAAAAACUGAUUGCUGAGGUCAAACAACUCAAUGCAGAAGUAUGGAGUUAAGUGCCUUUUGGAGGAUUUCUUGGAAGAGCAUUUAAGAAGAGGAUACUUAAGGGAGAUAGCAAAGAUUUGAACAGUCUGUCUUUUUAAGUAAGGGCAGAAAGAAAGGUUGUCCAGGUUUUACUGGACAUUUUCCUCCCCUAUCCCUUUCUUGAUUGUUUUAUGUGACUGAUUUUAAAUUCUCACACUGCCACUUCUUUAGAAAAAAAAAAAAAAAAAAAAAAGCACCCUUAUAUCAGUUGUUAUAUUGGGCCAUUGUCAGAGAACUUUUUUUUUUUUUUUUUAAUGAGCAGAUUCAAAAUAGAAUCAUACUCGAACUACAGAGCAUUUUGAGAGUCAGUAUGAGCUGCUCAAGUAUGGACUCUGAAUCUGAUUGCAAGAAUUGAUAUCACCGUACCUUCUCCCUACUCCUCCUCAUCCACCCCAGCCUGUACACUCCCUGCUUUGAAUGGAAAUAUAUUGAAAACAGGUGCUUAUCAGAAGCAGCUUGGCCUCAGCCAGAAUUGUUUGUGUCCUGUUUUCCCUUCUUGACCCAACAGGCACAUGGAUUUACUUUUCUAGGAGAGGAGAUAGAUUUGCACUUCUAGCCAUUCUCUCAGGUCCUGUAUGGGAUGUUUGUGAAAGAAAUGAAAGAUGUGUAAUAUGCCAUGAAACACAGUAAAAUCAACUACCUUGGAAUCCUUAAUGGAGAGGGAGGGGUGCUGAGGCUAGAGGUAACGAUGAGGGCAGAUGACCUUUGUACCUCAGUGUACCAAAAUUGUAAGCAGUCAGUUUAACUUGCUAGGCAAUUCCUAGAGGCAGAUGCUUAUGAUUUGUAAUAACAUUCUCACAAGUGGAGCCAUGCACAGAAUUGGACAGAGAUGUGGAAAUGGGUAGCUUUUUUUCUGAGAAGAGAAACAAUGGACCAUGUUGCUUCUAUCUCACUCUAGUAGGGGAAGUCAUUUUCCCUUCUAAGCAGGGGGAACGGCAGUGCUAAAUAGUUUUGUAACUUUUUGAAUGAGAAACUUUUAGGUAAAGAUAAACUGUCAGAUAAUAUUUUUCAGACGCAUUUACAUUUGACUAUGGGGAAAUGAUGGUGAAAAAAGUUACAGUCAUGGUUUUUUGGGUUUUUUUAAUUUGGAAGACUUGAGAAAUUCUGUUUCAUGAAGUGAUAAUAUAAAAACACAUAGUUAGUUUUAUACUAAAUCUUUUUUUAAGGUCUUGGCAUUUAAUAUAAAGCAGAUUCACACAUUUUCUAACUUUCCACAAGUUCCAAAAAGUAAAGGAAGAAAACUCAGUCUUAAAAUAUUGGUUUUUAAAAAUCAUGACACUGUUUUACCAUGAAAUUGAGUAGCUAACUUUUGGUAACACCUUUUGUUCAUUUGUAUGUUUGUAUAAUGGACAUUUUGAAACACAGGAAUGUUUUGGUUUGUACAAACUUUGAAAAAUGUGUGUUAAUAAAAAUUCAAAUUGACCCAA